CCUAUAUAAUAUUAUAUUUCAUAUAUUUUUUCUAUUAAGCUUUUAAAUGACCAUUAAUUAUGUGUAUGUGUUACAUUUUUCUGUAACAUAUUCAUACAUAACAGACCGUAUAGAAAUGAUUCCAGCGAUUUGUAAAGCGCACGCGCGCACGCGCACAGUAGAAAUUUUGCGAUUAUAACGUUUCGCCAUUCUAUUCUAGACUUAAACCAGUUUUUGCAGUAUUUUACUGUCUACAUAAGGAGUAAUACACGCUUGCGAAAUUUAUUUGUUGUCGUGACUUUUAUAAAAUUAUUCUGAAUCAUUUUCUGAAAAAUCAUGUUUCAUAAAAAAGGACAACACAAAAUAGAAGUUUUUAUAAUCAACCAUUCCAUUAGUGAAGAUUUAAGAGUAAUUAUGUGACAAUAGUGUGAUUAUAAUUUUACCAUAUAAAGAAAUUUAAUUAUUCCUAAUAAGAAAUAAAUUGAAGAUGCAAAAAAAUUGAAAAAUUUUCUUUUAAGAAAAUAAAUAAUUUGUUAUACGUUUAUCAACAUGACACAUGUUAAUUGUUCAAAAUAGUACAAUCAGAAACUAUAAGAUCUCGUGUAACCACGCAGAGCCGCGUCACGUCAAGAUAUCUCUGAACAUCGCAGUAUUUUAUGCUGUAGAGUGAAGUACUACUAAUUAUAGUAGUUGUAUCAAUAUACUGGAAAAUCUGGAAGCAGUAUGAUCUAUACAAAGAUAACUUUAUAAUAGUAAUACAACUAAAUAAUAAUAAUAAUAAAGAUGUGUUUAAAAGUUGAUUACUUUAAUUAAGAUAUGCGAUCAUUAAAUCGAAAAAUUGAAUAUCUAGAAAUGUCAUUCGUAAGUGUAUUUCGGAAUAAUGACGAAUGAAAAAAAAAUACGUUCUUCAGUUUUCCUGGAUUUAUAUGUUGUCCUGAAACAUAUAUAUAAUAAUACUAAAUACGAUCAAGUGGUGAAAUCAUUACAAAAAAUUAGCAACAAUGUCAACUUACUAUAUGAUAUAUAAUAUAUUUAAAUCCAUCAUGAAGACAAAGUGUGAUACCAUGUAACAACAAGUGUGAUGUACAUGUGUAAUUAAUAUAAAUUCAACAAUAUAAAGUGCCAAAGUUAACAUACAAAAUGUUUGGUACAACAACUAUAGUAAGCAGGUCGUUCCUAGUAAUUUUGAUAUUAUUGACAUUGUACUUCCUUGGAAUGGAUCUUUUGUUAUAUUCUAGAAUACAAAAUUAUAAUAUAAGGCCAAUGUCAAAUGGUACACAAUAUGUUUCAAUCGUACCUUGUGAUAUUAAUCCACUGUGUACAGUGACAGUAAAAGGAUUAAUGUUAGAUUAUCCAAAUUAUUUUCUUCUGAGUCCCCUUGCGGCCGUUAUGGACAAUCUAUUACAGAUAAGCAAUUCUUGGACAUGGAUCACGCCAAAUGCAAUCAGUUGUUUUCACGUGUUAAUAGCAGUGAUAGCUGGCAAAUGUAUUUCCAGCGACUCAUUAUCCCAUAGACGCUUAGGUGUGGUGCUUUUUCAAGCAAGAACAUGGUUAGACGAUCUAGAUGGACACGUUGCCAGAAAACGAGCGAAUAUUUAUGGUGAACGUUCGGAUGUUGGUUCAUCUGGUUAUAUCGUCGAUGGUAUCUGUGACGCUUUGGGUUGCGUGGCGUUAUUAAUUGGCCUAUAUCAAUUUCUUGCCCGUAAUUCGAGCAGACGUGGAGGAUACGAUAAGCUGCCACAACUACCCGUCUCUUCGGUUCUUGAACCUGGAAAUGUAACAUCAAAAACUUCAAAUACAGCGCUUCGUAAUAUAUUACUUAUGACCGUCCAUUUGUUCCUGACUAGUGCCACCUGGAAUCGAUAUAUAUCUUUAUACCAGGAUCUCCUUGAGACUGAUUAUAGAACACCGUCAAUUACCAAAGAACAUCUUUAUGCCAAACAGACAACCAUAUUUAGAAGCUUGUCAUUUUGGAUAAUAGUUCUUUGUUGGAAGUUUAUUAAUUUUCAUGCUGUCAUGGAUUACGUGCUUUUGGCAAUAUUUUUUGAUCGUAUAAGAGAAUAUAUGAAACUUGUAAGGUGGUCUUCGUAUGUAGUUAUUUUGCUGCUUGUUUAUGUAACCGAAUUUCAUUUUCUACGGGCCUACGCAUAUGUACAAGGUUAUCUUCUUGAAGCAGGAUGGUGUGCAGACGGAAAAAUGAUCGGAGUUACCGAACCAAGAAGGGUUGCGGCCACUUCUUUGGCCAAUCGAGUAGCCGAUGAACGGAAUUGUGUCUUAGGCACUGAAGUCGGUUAUUCCAUACGUUUUGACAAUUGCACAGACGAAACAACAAGAAUCAAGUACAUGACAGAAGGGAUUCUUCUACGUGAAUUAAUGGGCGAUCCCUUAUUGACGAAUUAUUCCGUCAUCGUGAUAGAUGAAGUACACGAGAGGACAUUGAUGACCGAUAUCAUAAUGGGACUUUUGAAAAAGAUAAUUCGGAAACGCAGGAGCUUGAAAAUUGUCGUUUGCUCUGCUACGGUCGAUGCGGAACAGCUACGAGAUUUUUUCAAUACGAACACGACAAAAGACUCAAUCAAAGAUACUGCAGUUAUAUUGACUGUCGAGGGUCGACUCUACCCUGUAGAUAUUUUGUUUGUGAAAGAGCCAGUGGCAAAUUACGUUACCAGCGUCGUAGACACGGUUUUGAAGAUACACGAGAACGAGGAACCCGGUGAUAUAUUAGCGUUUCUCACAGGCCUGGACGAAGUGGACCAAGCAGUUUCCCUUUUAUCGGAACACGCGAAACUUAUACAAGAAGGCAAACUGAAACUUUUACCCCUGGCUAUGUAUGGAUCCCUUCCAAACUCAGAACAACUGAAAGUAUUUUGGAGAGCAGCCAAAGACACUCGUAAAGUAGUCGUAGCAACGAACAUAGCUGAAACAUCCAUCACCAUUCCAAACAUCGUUUAUGUAAUUGAUUGCGGUUUUGUAAAAAUUCCAUGGUUUGAGGCGGAAACACAAACCAAUUCCGUGGUAAUUGUCCCCGUAUCGAAAGCUUCUGCAAACCAACGUGCCGGUAGAGCAGGUCGUGUUCGAACAGGGAAAACUUAUAGAUUAUACACGGAAGAAGCAUAUGCUGAACUGUUUGAAGCGACGCCGCCGGAAAUGCAGCGUUCUGACUUAGCACCAGCUAUCUUACAAUUGAAAGCAUUAGGCAUUGAUAAUGUAUUAAGAUUUAAUUUUCCCUCUGCUCCACCGAGCAAAAAUCUUCUUGCAGGAUUAGAAUUGCUUUAUGCAUUGGGUGCAAUAGAUAGAAAUGGAGAGUUAACAAUGUCAUUAGGUAUCACAAUGGCAGAGAUGCCAUUAGAACCUGUUUUAGCAAAAUCCCUUAUAGUAUCAGGUGAAAUGGGAUGUUCCGAAGAAUUUACAAUGAUUCUCGCCAUGCUUCAAGUACAAAAUAUUUUUAUAAGGCCAGCUGGAGGUCAGGUAGCCAUAAAGGCUAGAGUUGCUCACAGAAAAUUCGAAGUUGAAGAAGGAGAUCUUUUAACUUUUUUAAAUGUAUAUACCGCUUAUGAGAAAAAUAAAACGUCUAGCUGGUGUCAGAAAAAUUUUCUUAAUUACAAAGCAUUGCGACGGGCUACUGAAAUUCGGACUCAAAUGCACUCUAUGAUGAAAAGGUUAAAAAUUCCAUUGGUUUCCAGCAACGGAAACGUUCAACAAAUUUUAAAGUGUAUAACAGCUGGACUUUUUCCAAAAGCAGCAUAUUUACAUUACACUGGAGUAUAUAAGACUGUACGCGGAAAUAGAGACUUAUAUAUACACCCAAAUAGUUGUUUAUAUACACUUCAGCAACCACAAUGGGUACUCUUCUGUGAAAUUUUGCAAACUAAUAAAACAUACAUGAAGGACAUAACUGUGAUACAACCAGAAUGGUUAUUGGAAUUAGCUCCUCAUUUUUAUGAAAAGACAUCGCUUGAACCUGUUUAGUGCAAUUUUUGUAAAUACCAAGAAUAAUUAUGUAAAAAAGAAAAAAUAUUUAAUC